AACGAUAAAACUGAACAUUCGAGAUUGAAACGUCGCCAGAGGCAUACGUUAAUUUGUUAUUCAAUCGUGAAAAUGGUGAAGGCAGUCUGUGUACUCCAGGGAGAAGUCAAGGGGACAAUUUUCUUUGAACAGACGGAUGACUCGGCACCCGUCAAGGUCACCGGCGAAGUAACCGGUCUCACCAAGGGUCAACAUGGCUUCCACAUUCAUGAGUUUGGGGACAACACUAAUGGAUGCACAAGUGCUGGGCCUCACUUCAAUCCUCUUGGAAAAGAGCAUGGUGGUCCAAAUGAUGCAGAGCGUCAUUUAGGUGAUUUGGGUAACGUGGAGGCUGGUGCUGAUGGUGUUGCCAAGGUCAACAUAUCCGAUAAGCACAUCCAGCUUCAGGGAGCUCACAAUAUUGUUGGAAGAACUCUUGUGGUUCACGCGGACAUUGACGACUUGGGAAAGGGUGGCCACGAGCUCUCCAAGACAACUGGAAAUGCUGGAGCUCGUCUUGCUUGUGGUGUUAUCGGCAUCACCAAGUAAAUUAUCAAACCAACAAGAAAAUUCUCACAAAAACAAAUAAUAACUGACCAGUUGAAGUUAAUCACUGCUCCCCCAGUAGUGAAUUGAAAACUAAACUAUCAUUCCUAAAAGCUUACUGUAUUACAAAUACAUUUGGUGUAUAUUU